GUUAAACUACUAAUUAUUAUUCAUUAAUAAAUACCUAAUAUUUGAUUUAUGUUUAAAUUUUAUGCAUAAAAAACUUAUUAUUCUUAACUUCCAAACAAUCUCAAGAAUUAGACAAAAAUUUCGUGAAAUCUAUUUAAGGCAAUGAACGACACGAAUGAACGCGCCGUCAAAAUGGCCGCAAAGGCCAGGGAAGCCACGCAAGAGAGCCGGCCCUCACUGGCCGCCGACAUUGAGUCGGAACGACAUUUGGCAGAAAUGUUGGCCAAACACCGCACCGACACUCUCAUACAAAACAAUAUCAAUCACGAGAAGCACAUGAAAGCCGAGAUGGAGAUCAUCCGCGACCCCAUCCGUGACCUCCAGAGAACCACUUCUAUGACAUCUAUGAUCUCAUACUUGUCUGGCGUGGAAGAGGACGAGAAAAUCAGCAAAACUUAUAAAUAUAUCACCGCUUCUGUGCUCUGGUUUUGCUACUUCUCAUUGGUACAGGCUUUAAAUGAUUACAUAUUUGGACCGACAUUUGAUGAGAUGUCAGAAAUACUUGGAGUGACUUUUGACAAGAUAUCCUAUUUUAUAAUUAUAAGACAAGUGGCCUAUACUUUCGGGGCUCUGGGCGGAAUUGCAUUUAAUUAUGUGAAUCGUCAGUUGGCUUUAGUGGCAUUGCUGAUAAUAUCGGCAUUUACAUUAGUGGCCACACCAUUUUCCGGUUCAAUCAAUGUAUUCUUCGUUAUCGGAGCCAUCAAUGGUUUUGCUGCCGGCGCUCUAGAUAUAGGCUUUCAUGUCUGGAUUAUAGAGAUGUUUGAAGGGGGCGGAGGACCUCUACUCCAAGCCCUGCACUUUUCCUUUGGCAUCGGAAUAACAAUCGCACCGACAAUCACAGCAGUCUUUCUCUCGUCUGAAGAGCCCGGAUGUAGUGGUAGUUCUUCGGAUGACUCCGAGUCCACCACAACAUUAGAUUCAUUGAUUACCACAACAGCUGCGCCUAAACAUGAAUCCCGACUAUACAUACCUUACCUGAUUAUUGCCGGAAUUGUAGCGUCGGGUGGGUUGGCAUUACUGGCGCUGUAUAUCUACAAGAAGUAUGUGCCGCCACGUCUGCCACACGCACCCCCGGCCUUUGCUGAAGAAAUGCCUCAAGAGUUGACUAAUUUCGAGAAAUUUCAGAUCUGGAAGGAAAAUAUUCCCAAUUCCUAUACAAUGAUUCUGAUAGGUGUAUGCAGUCAGCUCUGGUUGAAACAGCGACAGGUGCUACCUAUGCAUUUGGAGUACACAUUCCUUGAGCAUCACAUUUCUGUGACCAACGCUAUUGGAAGUAUAUUCCUGUUGGCUGGAGGCACCGGUACGGCAAUACUACCCCUAUUCCUGCGAGACUUAUGCGAAAAUUCCUCAUCUCUUAUAAUAAUAAGCAAACAAAUAGAUAUGAUUAAGAAAAAGCUCAUUAAUAAUCCGGCCAUACUUCUGGGUUAUAGACAAAAGUCUUUCUCGAUAUUAACGAUGCAAACACCUACUGUUCCCUAUGAGAACGCACCAUGUUUGAGUGCCAAGACUUGUGGGGAAUGCAUAUCGGAGUCAAAGGACUGUUUUUGGUGCGAAGACGACACCUUUAGCCACCCAUUCAGAUGUAAUCUCGAACAUAAGCUCCGGUCUCAUGACUGCAGCGAAAAUAAGAUCAUUGGACCGCAAAUGAAUGUCCGGACAAUACUGGAUAAAGAGUUUAAUAAAAAUUUUGGUUCAAUAGUUCAACUGAAGCCUCAGAAACAUAGGCUCUCUCUGAGAAAUAAUUCCUCGUGGAGAAUACCGAUCCAUUUCCGACAGGCAGAUGACUACCCCAUGGAUCUCUACUAUCUGAUGGACCUGUCGUGCACUAUGAAGAAGUUUAAGACCAAUUUGGCGAAUGUUGGCAAGACUUUGGCCGACAAAAUGAAAAACACCACUAAAGACUUUAAAAUAGGCUUUGGAUCCUUUGUAGACAAACCUGUUAUGCCCUUCUCGUCCUACAAACUGGAUCGCAUAUCAUGCAGUUUGGGAAAGGAUGACCACAACGUAUGGGGGGAACCGACUUAUAGUUUCUCCCAUAAGCUGACCCUCGACUCGAAAGACUCGCUGUUUGUGACGAGUGUGAGGGACGCGGCGACGUCCGGUAAUACGGAUUCACCCGAAGGCACGUUAGACGCACUCAUGCAGGUGUUGGUCUGUAAGGAGGAGAUUGGGUGGAGGGAUCAGUCCGACAAGAUUAUUGUGGUCGCCACCGAUGAGGAGUUCCAUUACGCCGGCGAUGGAAAGUUGAGCGGUAUAUUAGUGCCAAACGAUGGCAAGUGUCAUAUGUCUGGCAAGAACUACACUCAUUACCAUUUGCUGGACUACCCGUCAAUGCAUCAAAUCGCUGAGAAAGUGCGACAAAACAAAUUCAAUAUUGUAUUUACGGUCACCGAUAAAGUGCGGCACAUAUACCAAACGCUGGCCAGCAUUAUAGGGUCGACGGCACGGGUGGAUAGGCUUGACGAUGGAGACAGCACCACUAUUGUGCGGCUCAUUGAAGAUGUUUACAGAGAUAUUCGGUCGUCGGUUGAACUGAGAGUCGAACAGAUGUCUGAUUUCAUCGAAAUUGAUUUGUACUCAAAGUGUGAAACUGAGACCGAAAUGAAGACCAAUAAUUGUACGUUUAAGGGACGGCCGGACAUCACAUUCUUCGCAAACAUCAGAGUGAAGUCAUGUCCUGCAGACAGAUCUCUUUGGGAGCAGAAGAUUAAAAUCGGCUUAACGAAUAUCAACGAAGGCGUGGAAAUCGAUUUACAAAUGCUAUGUGAAUGCGAGUGCGAAAAACCCAACAAAAUAGUGAAAAACUCUGCCGAGUGUCACAACGCCGGCACCUUUGCCUGUGGUAUAUGUGCCGCUUGUAAUGGCAACCGGACGGGCGCGCAGUGCGAAUGCGAUCCCGAAAAACCUAUUGAUCCUAAAGACCCUGAUGCUCAUUGCAAACAUGAGGACAUAUUCAAGACAUGUAGUGGUCGUGGGAGGUGUGAGUGUGGAAAGUGUAGCUGCGAUUCCGGCUUUUCCGGCGACUACUGUCAGUACGACGACUCCAACUGUCAUCCCGACAACGAUAAGAACCUUAAGAUAUGCAACGGGAACGGCAGGUGUAUUGAAGCCAAGUGUAACUGUACUAAAGGUACGAAAGGUUAUACAGGAAAAUACUGCGACUGUCCCACAGACCCGAGUUGGUGUAGUCAAACAGUUAAUCAAACAGUUAAUGGACAGCAAAAGGAAAUUAAUUUAGUUUGUUCAGGUGCUGGUGAGUGUAAUUGUGGUGUCUGUAAGUGCAACAAUAGUUCAAUAACCGGCAAAUUCUGUGAGAUAUGUCCGCGUUGUGAUAGUUGGAAAUAUUGUGACCUAAUGUUGAAAUGUGUGCCCAAAAUAUGCGAACUCUAUGGAAGUAAUUGCACCGAUAGUUGCGAUCAGAUGCAGUAUGAAUUGGUGGACAAAUUGGUCGAGGUCAACAACACCGACGGCUUAUACACAACUCUACACCAGUGCCGCAACCGUACCAUUAAUAACGAGUGCGACCUAUCAUUCACUUACGAGCGCACUGACUAUGACUAUGAGACCAAAAGGCUUCCGACGUUUAAGAUAACAAAAUUAGAUAAGAGUUGCGCCGAAAAAGUGAAUUUAGUGGUCGUGUCGUCCAGUGUUUUCAUCGGAAUAGUAUUGAUCGGUUUGGCACUACUAUUGCUGUGGAAACUCAUUGCAGAGAUUUUGGAUCGCAAAGAGUUCGCCAGAUUUCAAAAGGAAUUGAGUAAAGCUAAUUGGGGACAGAGUGAUAACCCUCUGUAUAAGGAGGCGAAGAGUACGUUCACUAAUCCUACGUUUGGUUUGAGGGAGAAGAGUAUGAAACGACUGUCCCGUCUGACUGAGAGGUUUUCGCGGAGGUUUGACGUCAAUAAAUAAAUAUUGAGUUUUAAAUGUAUAAUUGGG